AUGCGUCGCAUCAAUUACCGACCAUUGUGCCGGUGCUCUACAGCAACGCGCACACCCAGAACCUUCUCAUCGAACCGCAGGAUACAAGGUAAGAAAGGCACUUUGAGGCAAACUUGUACGAAAGCUGACCGACUCAUCUUCUUCGCAGAGCACGAUGUGCUUUUCCUUCGACAACAAGGCUCCAAAUACCCCAAGUGGCAUCUGACUGGGCCCCUGAACGCAGACAGCAACGUCAAGCUCUCAUAUGGGGCGUCAGUCCCUGCGGCGCACCUAAUUGGAAGGAAUCUUCUCGACGUUGUGCAUGACAGCAAAGGCAACCGCGUAGUCCUACAAGAACCCACCCUCUCGAGCUACAUCAUCCACAACGAGCGACAUGCGACGCCAAUCUACCCCCACGAUGCAAAUACUAUUGUUGCCUUGUUAGACUUGAAUCCCUCUCGCCCCGGAGAAGACGAAGAUGAGGAAAACGCACCGCCGUUCGAGAUAUUCGAGGCUGGUACAGGAAUGGGCAGCCUAACCCUGCAUAUUGCUCGUGCCAUCCACGCAGCCAACCCUCCUCUUUCCUCGAAGUUACGCCACGCCAUUUGCGAGGCGAAAUUUAGACCAAAGAGCAAUCCGUCCUUGACACGUGUUGAUCUCGAACCAGCGGCGGAACAAGCUCUAGACGGGUAUCGGGCGUCCCGACGCGCCAUUCUCCAUACGUUGGACCAGAAACCGAAGCACACCCACGCUGCCUACAAACUCGUACGCAACUUUCGUCGUGCGCAGUAUCUCCCCUCCAUAGACUUCCACGUUGGCAGCAUUGACGAGUACUUAUCCGGUAGACUUGUCGAAUCAUGCGGCCAACCAUUUUUACAGCGUGCUAUCCUGGACCUCCCGUCCGCACACGAGAACGCACAGCGUGUAAUUGAAUCGUUGCUACCAAAUGGACUCCUCAUCCUCUUCAAGCCUUCCAUCAGCCAGAUUGCCGAUUUCCAGAAAUGGUCCGCCGAAACGCGCCAGCUCGUCCGCCUGGAAAAGGUUCUCGAGCUGCCAGUCUCGACCACGUCCGAUGGUGUCCAUGACGCCGGCGGCGGUAGGCACUGGGAUGUAAAGACUGUUGUGCCCAAGGCGUCGCAAGGCGGGGAUGGCAAAGUCGUACAGGUUAUGCGGCCCAAGGUUGGCGACCGCAUUGCUGGCGGAGGGUUUGUGGCUGUUUUGCGAAGAUGGCCUGCUGGUCAGCAACCAAUUGAGCAGGAACAGGAACGGCAAGAUGAGAAUGACGGGGAGCGGAACGAGAGCCAAGAGGAGGAUUAA